CAUAUGUACAGCUCAGACAACUCUGCAAGGUGUGGCCUGUGGUUUAAACCAUGCUCUAGGUGAUAUAUAGAAAUCUGACCGAUCUUGUUUCAGUUGUUUGACAUCCUGACAAUGGCCAGAAAUCAUCUCAUGUUGUGGAUCUUCACGCUGUGUGUUUCUCUCGAUCCCUCAGUUGGUCACAAUUUUGAGAUAAAUGGCAAAAAGGUUUAUGAGGUGGUUCGACCAAUCAGAUUACAUGACCUGCAAAAAAGAGAUUUAAAGUCAAGACCUGACACAGUGAAAUACGCUAUGAAACUGGGUGGUAGAGAUAUUGAAAUGCACCUUCAGAGAAAUGAUGAUAUACUGACCAAAGAUUAUAGCGAGACCCAUUACACGAAAGAUGGGAUGCUGGUCACAACCAGACCUGAGGAUCUGGAUUUGUGUUACUAUCACGGGAAAAUAGUGAAUGACAGUGACUCAUCGGUUAGCAUGAGCACAUGUGAUGGACUACGUGGCUAUUUCCAGACAGCUGAGCAGAGGUUUCUGAUUGAGCCGUUGUCAGAGAAUGAUGAUGGAAACCAUGCAGUCUUUGUGUAUGAUGAUAUAAAUAAAGACAGACCUAUGGUGUGUGGAGUAACCAACACUAGUUGGGAUGAGACUGCGGAUGGCUUUCCUCCAAUCAUCAAAAAAUCUCGCUCUCGUUCCUCAGGGCCAACUUUGUUCCAGCAACAAAAAUACAUUGAGUUCUUCCUUGUGGCAGACAACAGAGAAUACAAGAAAAUGGACAGCGAUCUUGUCAAGCUGAGAAAGAGGAUAUUUGAAAUCAUCAAUUUCAUCAAUAAUGUCUAUAAGGAAAUCAACACCUUUGUUGCUCUGACUGGGUUUGAAGUGUGGACUGACAGCGAUAAGAUAACAGUGUCCCCUGUUGCUGGAGCAACCUUGGACGGCUUUACCAGUUGGAGAAACAGUGAUCUUAUUAAAAGACAUCGCCAUGACAAUGCCCAGCUCCUCAGUGCAAUUGACUUUGAUGGAGCAACUGUGGGUCUUGCUUACAUUGGAACCCUGUGUGGAGGUCUUUCAACAGGGAUUGUGCAGGAUCACAACUCUCAAUCCAUAGCAGUGGGGGCCACAAUGGCCCAUGAAAUGGGACACAAUCUCGGCAUGAACCAUGACAGCAGCACCUGCAUUUGUUCUGAAAGCAUCUGCGUAAUGACUGCUGCUCUCAGCUAUAAAAUCCCUCAGCAUUUCAGCAGUUGCAGUACUACUAACUAUGAGCUGUUCCUGAACAGCAAAGUGCCAGGAUGUCUUCUAAACAUGCCAAAACCAAAAGACCUGAUUCAGCCUGCUGUGUGUGGAAAUAGGUUUGUGGAGACAGGAGAGGAAUGUGAUUGUGGAACAGUGCAGGAGUGUACAAAUCCAUGCUGCAAUGCAACCACCUGUAAACUGACAGAGGGCUCACAAUGUGCAGUAGGCGAGUGUUGUGCGAAGUGUAAGAUCUUGUCAACCUCACAUAUGUGUCGAUCAGAAAAUGAUGAGUGUGAUUUGCCUGAGUACUGCACCGGAAAAUCAGCCGAGUGUCCUGAAGAUGUCUUUACAGUCAAUGGACUCCCUUGCAAGAAUGGGAAAAGCUAUUGCUAUAAUGGCCAGUGCCCAAUGAAAGAAGACCAGUGCGUUAAAAUGUGGGGUCCAACUGCUGAGAUGGGUCGAGACUAUUGUUACAACCAGAACACAAGAGGAGAGUACUAUGCCUUCUGCAAGCGCACCCCCGAUAAAUAUAUCCCAUGCCAGAAACAAGAUGUGAAGUGUGGAAAACUGUUCUGUGAAAAAGGCAAUGGGAGUCCUAAUUAUGGACGGCUGGUAACAUUCAACAACUGUAAAGCCACUUUCUACAGUAAUCCUGAAGAGGAUUAUGGCCAAGUGGAUACUGGCACCAAAUGUGGGGAAGGAAUGGUUUGUAGCCAGAAUGAGUGUGUUGACCUAGAGACGGCUUACAAAGCAACCAACUGUUCGGCCAAGUGCAAAGGACAUGGAGUGUGUGACCACAGACUGCAGUGCAGAUGUGAGCCUGGAUGGCUGCCACCAGACUGUGAAAAACCAGCUGAUGAAGGCAUGUCUUCAGUUGCAAAAAUAGUCAUUGCUGUGGUCGUCAGUGUCCUGGUUGGAAUAGCUCUGAUUGCACUGGGAAUCUUCCUAUACAAACGCAAACAGAGGAGACCAUGUUCAUCCAGCCGUCCAAGCCAGGAGAAAGUUCAUGUUGUCGACAUUCCUGACUACAGGCAUCAGAGACUGGCCACACCUAGCCAGAACCCAUCCCCGACUAUAAAGCCGAAAGCACCACCUCCGCCACCACCCAUCUCCGUCCAGACCAGACCUCUACAUAAUGACUUCAGAGAUGCCCGGCAGGCUCUACGGCCACCUCCUCCAAGGGUGUAAUGCUUAGCAUCUGUCAAACCUCAGGAAGUGGACAAGACACUCUGGGAUGGUCAGUCACUCCACCCCCUGCAGAAGUGAACACAUACUGGAUAAGACACACUGUGGCUGCAAUUUAGUAACCUCUUCAAAAAAAGACAUUCAGAGGAUGUCUUGGAAAAUGAGCCACAGCUUAGCAAAGAGAAGCUGCGAACAAAAGGAAAAAAUUAAAUGCUGCUAUUACAGUGUGCACACGAUUGACAUAGAGUAACAAAAAAGACCAUUUUACAAUGUAUUAUUUUUUUCUUUUUUCUUUUUUCUUACUCGGAAUCAUCCCUUUUUUCCCUUCUUGUUAUUAUUAUUAUUAUUAUUAUUUUUUUUUUUUUUUUUUUUUUUUUGUCUUUCGUUACAUUUAUUUAAUUGAUAGUGUUUGGUUUCCACAGUUUUCCUGAGCAACCACUGGACGGCGCCAUGAUCUCUAUCAUUCUCAGAAUGAGCUUUAUUGCCAAGUAUGCUUACACAUAUGUAUUCUAAUUGCCGGUUUCCUUUUUCUGGUCUCGAGAUGCAAAAACUACCGAAACGAGCGAUCCAGAAAGAGAACAACAACAAUUUAAGUGUUAUUUGGAGUAAGAAUGAAAUUCAAGCUCAACUUAUGCAGUUGUUGGCUCUCAUAAAAACUCAAAGUAGUUAAAGGUGCUAUAUGUAAGAUUGACAACAAGCGUUUGAAAUAGGUACUGCAGUCCAAAUUCUACAUAUUGGAGAGUUGUCUACCCUGCCCCAGACUCGAAGCUCAUGCUGGUCAUGGUGGUUUUUAGACGGAUAGCUUUUUAGGUCGGGUGGAAUCUGUUAUCUCUGAUCCAGUUCGUUUGCUGGCUUCCAUGGCUGCAGCACGCAGUGUUGUUUGCCUGCAAACUUGUUCAAAUCUGGCAACCCUGCGGUGUCGAAAUACUAUUGGUGAGUGGGCAGUGGGCGGGAUCACACAGGCCAAAAUAUAAACAGAAAUUCCGGCCUGGAAUGGAAACUUACAAGUAGAAUAUAUUGGCUGCAGCAUUGUCAUCAGAGAAGCCAGUAUUUCAACUUAGCAUAUUUCCUAAUUUAGUACAUUAAAAAUAUUACAUAUUGCACCGUUUAUUAUAUAAGCGUAACUUACCUCGGAUCAUCGCUUCAGGGCAUCUACACUGAGGCACUGUAAAAAACAUCUAUAGAGCCACAUGCGUUUAUUUUAUUUUUCUGAACAAAUGUAAUACAUUAAAGAUCACAUUACCCGCUAAGAAUAAACGCGAUGCGAGUGAAAACACUGGAAACAGGCGAAUCGUGGAACACUUCCGCUUUCAUGAAAAAGGUGGAUUAGUUUCACAAUUUUUAAACUCAUUUGAAAGUACCUCAGGAUACAGUGGGUUCAUUAUUUAACACGAUGUACAUGAUUCCCUAUUUUAUGUGCUGCUUCCGUUGUUUUGUCCAGUCUUUUUCAAUUCAUUGUAACAACAAAGCAACUGUAAAAUAAAAAUAAAUAUAUAUAUAUAUAUAUAUAUAUAUAUUGUAACAUUUUUUAUUUUUACAAUGCACUUUUAACUGAUAUGAUCAAAUAUAAAUGGCUGUAAAGAUUAAUAUUGA